AUGCCUCUUCAGACCUACCACCAUUCUUCCUCCGUCAAGGGCCUCUCCAGUAUCACGACUUUGAUCGUGGGUGCUAAAGAGGCCGUUUUGAUUGACCCUCCGCUUUUGGUUCCUGAUGCCCGGGCCGUCAUUGCUUGGGUACAAGCCACAACCCAUGUCCCUCUCAAAGCGGUGUUUGUGACUCAUCACCACCCCGAUCACUUCUUCUCAGCAAAUCCUAUUCUUGACACAUUUUCAACCGCCAAAUUUUACGCCGCGCCGUACGUGCUCGCUGGAAUCAACCGCGAGUACGAUGAUAAAGUGAAAUACUGGCCAACGAUCUUUGGAAAAGAUAAUGUCCCAGAGACCCCUCAAAAGCCGGAAGCAUUCAACUUUAGCUUCUUUAUGUUACAAGAUAACCCAGAUAGCCCUGUAGUCCUAUUGGGCCCGCUGCAGGGCGAUUCUGCUGAUCACACGGUGUUCUGGAUGCCGACUGAGAGAACAGUCAUCUGUGGGGACACAGUCUAUGGAAGAAGCACGCACGUUUGGUAA